AUGCGAAGUCCAGCCCGUGGGCGAGUUCCAGCCGGUGGGCUCCCGCUCAAGUAUCACAAAGGCGGCGCACGUCGUGUCAACCCAAAGGCUCUCGAUAAGACACCCUAUUCGAGAUUAGUCCGCACUGUGUUCAAGACCCUUGGGCACGUACUCAGGAGAUCGGAAAUCUAUCGAUGGUUCGAACUAAACACGGACAAGCCAGCAAUAAACAAAGAAUGGAAAAGACACGUCGAAAAAGUUCUCAUCGAACUUCCCUGUGUCUCAUCUGCAGCCGACGCCAAAGGGAAUGAAAAGUCGCUGCUCAUUUGUGACACCUGCAUGUUCUAUGGAAUACCUGAAUGUGAUGGUAACUUUCCUUGUUCUGCAUGCUCAGAGGAUGGUCUGUCGUGCGAAGGCGAAGGCGGAGGCCGUGGAGCAGAGUGGGCUGAGCAUGAGGACGAGAUCUUGCUCGGAAAAGUCAACUUAAGCAUAUACUGCAAUACUAAUGUACCGCGGAUUACCGGGCGAACAGAGAUAGCAGAAGUUCAUCGUUGGAUGUAUUUGGAGAGAAGAAAAGGCCAACACCAUUUGUGCGAUUACUAG